ACAAACAUAUGAUCUUCGGCGGUGACGUCGCAGGCAGGAUGGGGCGGGCAGAGCGCGCUGGCGCCGGGAGAUUCGAUCCCUGACCGCGGUCCGGACUGCAGCUUUAACGUCUAAUACAUCCAUGAUUAACACUCCUACAAGUUAACCUGUGAACCACAACUACCACCUCCACAACCACCACCACAACCGUCCGAUCUGUGUCUUUGCCGCCGUGGAGCCAUGUUGUUACUCUGUGUGUUCAUCCAGAGCGGGAUCUGUUAAACCGUCACUUCCACUCAGAUGGAGGCCAUGGAGGUUGACUCCCCUGGGGAGAUGCAGGGAGGAGGCAGCAGACGGCUGGCGGUCGCUGCUGCGGACGCUAACGCACCACACGUCAUCUCAGACUCCGGCAGCAGCACCGAGGUGGACGAGGACGACGACGAUAACAACGAAAGAGGACACACGGCAGCUCGUGCGCCACCCAGGCUUCCCGCCACCUGGGCGUUCAGUCAGAGAGCGGUGGGUGGCUCUGCAACCACGCCUUCAGCAGCUCAGGGGGCGCCCAUACGGAGGAGACUCAGGCAGGGCCUCAGGGUGCACUACCCCAGCCAGACUGCAGCGCCCUCCAGAGGCUUUCCGGACUUUCUGCUCCGAGCGCCGGCUGCCAGUGUGGCUGAGCCAGAGUCCGGCAGCACCACAGAGGUCAGCGAAUCUGACGAGGAGGAGGAGGAAGGGCGGCGUGAAGAAGGCACGCCAGCUGCUCCGGAGCCCGUAAACCCUGUGCCGCCUGCUAGUCCUCGCCUCAACGUCUCCGUCCAACUUGCACAGCCACAGGAAGCCGGUCCGACCAACUCCAGUUCAGCUGCAGACGGCGAGAGGACAGAAGCUCAAAAUCAGAACGUCAAGCCGGUCCCUGUGGCCUCGGCUUCUGUCCAGCUGUCACAAGCUGAAGAGGGUGAAGGCGACAUCUGCUCCAUCUGCUUUGAGGCAUGGACGACGGCGGGCGAACACCGACUGUCUGCUCUGCGCUGCGGACACCUCUUCGGCUUCACCUGCAUCCAGCGCUGGCUGAAAGCUCAGGGCCCGGCCGCUAAAUGUCCACAGUGCAACAAGAAAGCGAAGCGUUCAGACAUCGUUCUUCUGUACGCUCCCAAGCUGAGAGCGCUCGACAACUCAGAACAGGAAACCUUAAAGAAGUCGCUGGAGCAGGAGCAGUCUCUGAGGAGGAAAGCUGAACUGGAAUCAGCUCAGUACAAACUGAAACUGCAGGUCGUCACCAACAAAUAUGGACAAGCACAACAAGAGCUGCAGGAGCUGAGGGCUCUUAUGGCCCAGGCUGGUAGAAGCUCAGUUCCCUCUUCCUCCUCGUCGUCCUCCUCGUCGUCCAGCUCGCUCCUCCUUUGUCUGUCUCAGAGGGCGGACGGCUCCAGGACGGCCCAGUACGGUUUCUCCAAGGCGGUGCUGGUGUCUCAAACCGGAGGCUCCAGAGUUUUAUCCUACUGUGAACCUCUGAGCUGCCUGCUGGCCUCGCAGCCUUCCCCUCAGAUCACACUGGUGCCUGGUUGCGGGGUGAAGAAGGUGAGUGUGGUCAACAUGAAGGCGAGUCAGUACGUUCCCAUCCACAGUAAACAGAUCCGAGGUCUGUCCUUCAACAGGCAGAAUGACAGUCUGCUGCUGUCUGCUGCUCUGGACAACACCAUCAAACUGACCAGUCUGCUGACCAACACGGUGGUUCAGACCUACAACGCAGGUAAACCCGUGUGGAGCUGCUGCUGGUGUUUGGACAACAGUAACUACGUCUACGCAGGUCUGAGCAACGGCUCUGUGCUCGUCUACGACACAAGAGACACCAGCACACACGUCCAGGAGCUGCAGCCGCUACGCUCCAGGUGUCCGGUGGCGUCUCUUUGCUACGUCCCGCGGGCAGCAUCCAGCUCAUUCCCCUGCGGCGGGCUGAUCGCCGGCUCUCUAGAGGGCGCGUGUUUCUGGGAGCAGGUCAAUGAGACUACGUACAGGCCGCAUGUCCUGCCACUGGAGACCGCCGGCUGCACCGACAUCCAGGUGGAGACGGAGAGCCGACACUGUCUGGUCACCUACAGGCCAGGCCGCUCCAGCCCGUCUCUGCGCUGCGUCCUGAUGGCGCUGAACAGGACGCCUCAGCAGGACUCCAGUCAGCUGCCCAGCUGCUCCUGCUCUCCGGUGCAGACGUUCAUCGCCGGCUCGUCCUGCAAGCUGCUCACCAAGAACGCAGUUUUCAAGAGUCCAGACGGAGGCGGGAUGCUGGUCUGCGCCGGGGAAGAGGCCUCCAACUCAACCAUGGUGUGGGAUGCAGGCAGCGGCUCUCUGCUCCAGAAGCUUCCGGCUGACCUCCCGGUGUUGGACAUCAGCCCGUUCUCGGUGAAUGGCGAGCACUUCCUGGCCUCGCUCACUGAGAAGAUGCUGAAGCUCUACAGGUGGGAGUGAACGAGACAGACUUUUCUCUCUCAUCCACAAACCAGAAAAUAAAAACAAAACACAGAGUCCCAGAGCACAAGGAGAGGACGCAGUCUGUGUGGAAAAACAAAUGCUGCUCAACUUUUAUCGGUUUAGAAACGCAAAAAAAUAAUUACUGGGAGUGAAGUGAUCGACCCGAGGGAGGAAACAUUUCAUCAUUUUUUAUUUUUUAAACCAUACAUCCACGUUAUUGCUCGUCUGGUGACCUUUGACCUGCACAGAAAUGCAGCCUGAGUCAGGUGUGUGAUAACCGGACAGUCUCCCAUAGAAAGUAUAAGAUGUUUACAUGGGUCAAAGGUCAAAUUAUAAAUGUAUGCGAGUCCUUUCGUGUUCAGAUCUUCUUCUCAGCUGCUACAGAGUGUUGAAGGCUCGACUUGAGCUGUGAGUCGGUGUUUUUAGCCUGACGGAGGGGACGCUUUGGUGGAAGAAAAUGGUGCCAGUCCUGCAGUUAAAGGACCAACAUACCCGUGUGUGUGUGUGUGUGUGUGUGUGCCAGUUGUAGC